CGCGCUGUUAUUGUAGGAGCCGGGCCCUUAUUGGUUUAUUUGCUCAAACAAUGCACAUAUCAAACACUUCGAUCUGCGGGGAAAUAAAUUGUCCAAAUAACUAGACUAGGGUAAAAUUAGAAGCUUCAUGAGCGAAAUCCAAAUCCUCUACGUUGUUUUCUGCGAGCUUUUCAUAGGAUUUGUGGUUUACACGCUGAGCUCGACGCGCAAAGGACAAUGUUAAUGAAACCACUGAACCGGACAUAGCCGCGAAAAAAUUCAAAUCGCGAACAAAACCGCUGUAGUAUGGUAUGAUGUGACUGAUGGCCGAACAUGGCGAGUGAAUGAGAGAGAAGUGUGGCAAGCGUUAUGCCAAAAAAGAAAACUUGCGAAGUCCCUCUCCCUUUGGGUUGGGAAGAAGCGAGGGACUUCGAUGGACGAGUUUAUUACAUCGACCACAACACCAAAAGAACGUCUUGGGUCGAUCCGCGCGAUAGGUGAGUGUAUAGGGUUAGUGAACCGUGGCUGCUACUUGGAACGAAAUCCCGGUGAUGUAUUGUCAUUGAACCAACGCUGAGGCGGCCAUUUGCUUUAUUUUAAACAUAGAGCUAUCGUUCGUCUGCUCGCAAGGCUCUUACCGAAGCGAAUGGCCGCUUUAAAGUGCUGGAAAAGUUUUUUAGUUCACAAUUCACUGGGUAUCUUUGAACCCCUUGUGUGUCAUCCACAAGUAUUAAUGCUAUUUUUAUGGAAUUUACACAUUUCUGGCGAUUAAAGGAGUUAAGCGGGGAUAGAUCGAACUUGUUAGUGUACAUUUGGAUCGUGUUUGGUCGUUGAUGUUUAGUAAAAACCCAAACAGCUUUUGAAAGUACUCAUUUGAAGCACCUAUAGCGAGCCAAAUGUUUCGUAACUGUCGCUUUGUUAUUCCUACAGUCCCUUCCGUUCGAGAUUUAUUAUUCUCAAAUAUUUUAGUUAUGUAGGAACUUAGCGCAUUCAAUACAGCGAAAAUUCACCUUUAGUCGGUGUCUGUUCUUUUACCACCUGGAAAGUCUUCGUAAAUGUCUCGCAGAAAGUUACAUUUACGUAAAACUCUCUAAAUGCAGCGAGUUUUUUCUUGUAGAGGAAAUCGUUAAUGCGUCAAGUAUAUACCUCUAAUACCUGAAAUUCUAUCAUGGAAUCGCAUCGAUAGUUUUGCCUUCAGUUAGCUAGGUAUCGAAAGUUUAGUUUUUGAAAGUUUAGCGAUCCCUAUGAAAUGAUGCCUCGAAUAAAGUUUUCGAUCUAUCGACUGGGUUGGAACAAAAAAGAUCUUGCAAUUAUGUGAGGUAUGUACGCGUGUCGUUCAUUAUAUCAUACGGAGUCUCUUUUCAAGGUUUAGUGCAUUAACUAAAAUUGUAAGCACCGAAUGCUUGCAAAUUGAGGCUCGUUAGUUUGCAAAACCAUGCAUUAUUUCCUAAGGAGACACUUUGAAUAAGCAAGAUUUCUUUGUAAGUGGCCGGCCGCGGUGAAACAUAACAACAUAUAUUUUUAAUGAACGUUUAUGACAACACGUUACGGGCGUCUAAAAAUAACAAAUUCUGUCUUAAAUUGUUUUACGCUCGGUUUCUAUCCCUUCCCACUGCACCUGUUUUGGUUAAAUUUUCCUUACAGAGCCGGCGGACACUCGAUCUUUAUAAACGUAAACAGUUCUUCUCCCCAAUUUUAACUAUUCUGUCUUCGAGAUAACGCCGUUUAAAGCAACAGAAUAUCGCCAACAUUCCAUUAUCCUGAGCGAAUCAUAAACAAAAUACAGCGUAAAAUGUCUUCUGAUAUUGUAAAGUUUGAAUCUUAUUUUGUCUUUGGUCAGUGGUCGCUGCGUUAUCAUAAAUGUCACUAAUGAAAUCAAAUUCUGUGAAAAUCGUGUUUUGCUAUUUUGUUGAGUAUUAUAUUUAUUACACUUAAGUAAUUCUUCAAGUAGAUUUCACACUCGAUUUUUUGUAGAUCUGUUUGCUUUGUUUUAGCGCUGUAUUUGCAGGUUUUGCUUUUAAAAGUAUCACUAGAAUUGUGUUCAGUUGCUACUUUGUAUUUUAUUCUAUAAAGAAUUCAACGUAGGUUUUCUGUGGCAACAUGCCAAACUGAUUCAAUUAUCAUCUGUUUCGCUUGUCGGCGAUAAAUAAUAGCAAAUAUAACACAUAGCGUAACACGCAUUUGCCAAUGGUGCGAUUUGAGGCUUUGUACAAAUUGACUGUAAAUUUAUCACGCUUUCAGCCAGCUUAACAUUCUCCAGUACCAUGCCAGAGCUUCCAUGCUUCAAAUUAUUGUUUUGUUAACAAAAUAAGAUUAAUUUCAACCAUUCAACAACGUUAAUUUGAUGAGAUUUAAACUAUAUCUUGUGAGAAAUUGUUUUUUCUUGCAUACCCUGAAGGCUUUUCGGAAAUAAUAGCAAAGGAAUGUGUUCACAGAGUUAUACAUCUCAAGUGUUGCCAUUUAUUAUUUCAUUAAUUACAAACUAAUGAUGGUCUAACAAAAGAUAUGGAAGAAUUCCAAGUUGAGCUAGCAGGUGAUGACAAAGUUUCAUCACCCAGACGUAUGGGCAGUGGAGCAUUAAGACACAAUUUACAGCUUGGAAAGACGUAAAUUGUUUACUUUGAUACUUAACAAAUUUAUUGAAAACUUGUCUGAAUUUUCCAUAAGGGAGGUAGAAAUCACUAUUUUAUGUACCAACUUACAAUAGUAUGUUAAGUCAAACACGAAAAAGCUAUUAACUGCAAGAUCAGGUAGAAUUAAUGAGAGGUACCAUGCGUGCUUUAUGGUUUAAGAAACAUAUUCAAAUCUUCAAAGUUCUAAACUGUAUUUCCAAAGGUUUUCCCAGAAAUAUAAUGUGACAUAGAUUUAUCCGCAAAUAUGUCUUUUUAUAUUGUACCAGGUUAAUUACUACUAGACUAAUGGAGUCAUGAGUAGCAGCUUAUUUUUGUUUACCUCUGGAACUACAUGUGAACACAUUGUUUCAUGUAAUUGUAUUUGCCUACCCGUUAGGAAGGUCACAUUAUAGAAUAUUUGUCAUUCUACAAAGGAUUUCAUGAGAUCAGUAUUGAUCUUUUAAAUGUACACAUCUACAGUGUCUCUCUUCUCUUGACCAAGGCUGAUUAAAUAAUGGGAUCGAAUCAAAUGAUUAAUAUAAAAUACCAUUGAAUACUACGUGUUAGUGUCAUUUUUUCAAUGACUACAAUAUUUGUCAGCCUAGUACUAGGUUCUGGAACAUUCUUUGCCAAAAAUUAGAAAAUGCUGAAAAGCGGACGCAGACAGAUGGAAUUGUGCGAGUUUUUUAGUUGUAAACAUGUCCUCUGAGUUUGAGAAUUUUGUUAUUUAAAGUAUUUAUGAGCGUGUGAAAUGUCAUAGUUUUCCUAAAAUACAUAAACAGGCUAGGACGUGAAAUCACGCAUGCAGGACAGUUCUAACUUUUGAACCUAUUAAUGUGUAAAAUUAGAGCAAUAAUUUUAGAGUUCUGUUCUAAAUUAGAGUUGUCUUUUUUACACUGGUGAAAGUAUUAAGCUUUUUUAUCCUCCAGAUUAAAAUUUUAUUUAUCCUCUAAAAACUAAAUGCUUUAUGAUUUUUAUAUCACAGUUUUAAGAAUUUGGUGGCUCAUUGAGGUGAUAAGAUCUACCUGAUAGUCAUGUAUUUAUAUCAUCAUGGUCUGUCUGUCUGAAUAGUAUAUAUUUAAAUCAAUACCGUAUGUUUCAUGUGCAGAAAUGUUUCAAUGCAAAAUCAAGAAUAAGUUAGUUUUUAAAUGUAAAAGAAAUGCACAUUUAUUUGAGUGUCAAUGUAUUUAGCACAAAAGGACUAAUUGGGGACACUAUUUUUAUGUCUCCUCCUGGAGACAGGACAGCCAUUUUCAUGUUCAUCCAAGCCACCCGAAGGUCUAGCCACUUGCAGACAGUACCUUCAGUUCUCAGGUAUUUUAAGACCCUUAGUAUUGGUCCGGGCCCCAGGAAUUGAAUAGAAAAAUAUGAUGUUACAUGUUACCCACAUAGGUACCCAAGACAAAAUUCUGGCUCCUUGUAACAGUAUACAACAAUGAUAUUUAGAAUGUUAAAAAUAGGAGGAUCACAAAGUAGUUUCUACAUAAUUGUAUCAUUAUACUUUGCACAGGUUGACCAAGCCAAUGACCUUUGCUGAUUGUGUAGGAAAUGGUAUGUGUUACUUUUGAAUCAUAUUGAACCACUAGCCGUGAUAACAGUAAUUAAUUUGGAUCUUGGUAUCCAUCUAUGCUAAAAAAGAGGAUCUUCAUCAUAAGUGAUUCAUGGUGCAAAAUUCUUUUGUGAUUAAUUCCUCUAAGGAGAGUGAAACCAUUGACCUUGUCAUAACUAAUUUAGAUACUACUAACCAUGCAGUAUUAUAGAGACUAUAAUAUGUCCCAGAGACUGCUUGGUUUGACAUGUUGAAAGAUGAAUCAGUUUACAAUUUGUGAUGUUCGGAGGGGUGCUGGUAAUGUCUUUAGGAUAGAAAGUACAUUAUUCAGUCACAGAUGCAAUUUACCCCAGCUAGUAACGUCUGUGAAGCAGCAUCAAGAUCCCUGUUCUGGGCUGUCAAUGGACUCAACAAAGUACUGGAAAUGCACUUCGAUUUUCCCUUCAACCUGAUUGGCAAAUUAACAAUAGUUCUUCAACAGGCCAAUCGUGGGGUGUACUCAAAUCUUUGUAAACAUUUGGGGCCCAGAAUAAGGUUUUUUGCACUGGCUCGCAGACAAACUUGACCAGAGGUUUACCAGUAAUUCCAGUUGUAGUGUAGGCUAUGAGUUUGUGUAAAUGGGAACGAUUUAUUCUUAGUAGUAGUCAAUAAUGUGCGCUGCUUAUAGUGGUGUAUGAAAAUAAAAAUAUUCUUUAAAUAUAUUUACACGUGCUAAGGUAAAUUCCAAUGAUCUUUAUCAGUAAGAUGUAGAAAUUUAGAAUCUCUAGCUUAGGAAUAUGCAUCAUUUUCUUCAUCAGCUAUGUUCCUUUGCGAUCCAGUAAAAUAUCUUUCAGCAGAAUUUUAGAUAAUUUUCUCUAAAUUCUAGAGUUGCCAUUUGGUUGGGAGGAGGUCAAUGACCCAGUCCUUGGAAAGUAUUUCAUUGAUCAUAAUACUGGUAAGUUUUUCCCAAGUGAUACUCAACAGUUUAGUCUGGCUAAUAAAAGGUAAUAGUUACUUUUUAUUAGCUAUUAUUGUGAUUUUUUACAAUUAUUGUAAUUUUAUUGUAAUUAUUUGCUUACCCAUGAAGCACUUAGGAGUUCUUAUGAACUCCUUUAAAUGUGUCUGUGCAUUGGAAUUUGGAAGUGUUAGUUUUUGAGGAGAGGGGAAAACCAGAGUACCCAGAGAAUAACCUCUUGGAGCAAGGGAGAGAACCAAGAAUGAACUCAACCCACAUAUGGCUUUGACGCUGAUAUUUGAACCCGGGCCACAUUGGUGGGAGGCGAGUGCUCUCACCACUAUGCUACCCUUGCUCCCCAAAAGUUUUAUAUAGACAGUGCAUCUUGAUUUUGUUGUGGUAGAAUUAAUUAUUGUAGGUCGCAGAAUUUUUCAGCUGUGAACUGACUGUUCCCCAAAACAAGACAAAAAACAAGGGAACACCAAAGAUCAUUGACAAACAUAAAAACUGACUUCAGCUAACAAAAUGUCUAAAUAAUACAUGGUUUCAUAUAUUGUCAUGCUUCAUUAGCUUCAUUUGCUCAAUAAAUUAUUAUGUUAUAUGAAAAGGCAUGAUAACAAAGCAAACUGAUAUUUAUAGAUACUGUGUAGUUGGCCUCAGGCAAACUUAGAUACGUGCCAAGUCUAAGGACUGUUAUGCAUGGCCUCAUUGCCAUUGUGUAUAUUCAGUUGUGGGUGUGUGGGAGUGUUUCUUUAAUUCAAAGUGGAUGGAGCAAUUUGAAAGGUAUGCUGAAUAAAUAUUUUUUUGUGUGUUCCUUAGGGGCACAGCAGGCUGAGGACCCCAGAUUACAAUGGAGGAAGAAAAGAGAAACGAUGUUGAGCGACUAUCUAACUGUUGCACAGUCAGAUUUGCUAGUAAGACUGAAAUUUUACCCAUUUGAAACCCUUUAAGCCCUAAUAUUGUCGUGCAAAUUCUCCAGAUGGCUCUCCAUACAUUUCCUUAAAGAAUUAUUUGAGAGAAUUUGAUAAAAGAUCAAAGCAUUUUCCCUUGGUAAUCAUUUUAUAAAUUCUCAUAACCUUUCCUUUUAAUGAUGUGUGGAUAUUUUUCGGAGAAAAUUGAUGUUAGUCACUCUUGUGCUUGAAUCACUUUCACCCUCUUCCUUCUUUUUUUCAACUGAAGGUCAGGAAUCGUUUAAACCAGCCCCCAAAAUUCCUUAUUUGUAUUCAAAAUUAGGAUUCCCUUUAGACCGAACUUGAAUGGGGUCAUAAAAGGGUGGUAGUAAUAUUUCUAAUCAAUGUUUAAUAGUUUCCUUGCUAGAAAUUUAUGCUUAAUUUAAAUAAUAAUAGUAGUAAUAAUAAUAACGAUAAUUAUUAAUUAUAAAUGAUAAUUUAAAUAAUAACUUUUUCUUGGUGUGUUUCACAGAAUGAUAUAAUUUUGAAAAUUUAAAAUUACAGGCAAAGCAAAACAUGUUGGAUGUUAAAAAGCAGAGGCUCAAUGUGGCUUGUCAAGAGGUAGGGUAAUAGAAAUGUAUGAAAAUGAUUUUAGCAAGCUUUCACGGUUUUUUUGUUUUUGUGCAAUGCCAGUGUAUGAUGUUGUAUUUUAUACAAAGGAAAUAAAACUUGAGAUAGGAAAUUUCUUUUUUAUCUUCGUUGUUUUAUCCUCAUUCUUCUACUACCUCUACAUAAAAAUUACACCAAGGUUAAAAUUGAACUGAACACUCUGGAAACAAAUACGACAAUAACAACGACAACAGCAACUGUCUCUUGCUGAGUGAAAGUAGAAUCGUUUUGUGGUUAAGAAAAAUACUUAGGGUCUAAGCUAUAUGGGCUAAGAACAUGGCUCAGGGAAAAAUACUGGUAAGUUUCUUGCACUUUUGGAUCGUCACACAGUCACUGUGAAACACAUGUCUCAGGCUCAGUAAACUUCUUAGUUCUAAGUUUGGCUUCUGUGACCUGCAGGUUCAAUUUUGGACUUCGGAGCUUGAGAGGCGAGAAAGACGUCAAGAAAAGCAACCAAUGCACGUAAAGCAGGGCAGCUUGAGUUCAUCUUCAUCAAGUUCAACAGUGAGCUCUAUCACUAGCAAGUAUGAUGUCAACCAGCUGAAGCGGGAGAUAUCUCAAGCUAAGGCCAGGGUAUGUAGCUUUCUGACAAACGAGUCAUGUAGUGUAUUGUUUUUCUCAGGAGCAAUGGCAGUAGCAAAACAUUUAAAGUGCCUCCUGUGUUUAAGGAGAUGUGAUGUGUAGGUUGAGAGUUUUUCUGUGUGAAGUGAUUUUCCUUGUGCUUAGAUACAGUUUUAUGGUUUUCGCCUGUUGAAUAGUAGCACAGUCCCUUGCUCCCAAACCGGUCAAGUUUGCUUUGUUAACUGAUAAAGUCAUUGUAUCAUUUUCAAUAUUGAAACUUUGAUCUUGAAUGCAAAGGGGGCAAACAUAAAACAGCUUUUCCAGACCUGAAGAGUCACCAGGACAUUUAAUAAAUGGGCCCCUGAACAAGGUGUAUAAUAAUUUAUGUUAGCUUAUCUGUCUGAACAGAGUUCAUUAUCCCAUACACAGUAGAUAUUUUACGUUUGUUUUUUGUGCUAAACAGGGUCAGGGAUUCGAACAAUCAGUGAAACUCCUGAGCCCAAACUUGUGUCAAGUGUGAAGUUCCCCCCCCCCCCCGAACCUUACCCCUGUUCCCUUGCCUUUGUUUUGUUAAAUAGUGAUGGCUUUCAUGGCCAAGGAUAGAUCAUUGCUGUGAAAAGUGAGUAGUGCAGUAGUUAAAACGUCUUUGCUGUCUUAAUAGGUUGAAGAGCUUAAACAAGAAAUGGAUAAUGUUUCAAAUGAGGUGCAAGCUGGUAAGGAAGGCUACAAAACAUUGGAAAGAGUGGAUAGAAAAUUGUCCUCACAUGCAGGAUGUAAAAAGGAAGAUGUUCAAGGGUUGGUGGAGGAAAUUCAGAGCAUGGAAAGAACUUUGUUCCUAAAAGAGCAAGAGAAGAAAGACCUCGUUCAAGCUUUGCUGAGACUCAAAGACAACUUGUCGCAUCCUGAUUCCUCAGUAGAGGUAGGCAACCAAGAUUUUGCAUUGUUGUGUUGCUGUGAAACGUGGGCUCAGAACCUCUGUAUUAUUGGAGGACAUCUCCCUAAAUCUUACAAUGUAGCAUUGGUACUUGCCAUUUUAAGAUCAUUUUGAAACCCUUUAUGUAGCCUGCAGGGCAGGCAUAGUUUGGGCGGGCAAAACCUUCUUUAUGUUCGUAUUGUUUUGCCGCCAUCUUUGAUCUUAUGGCGCUUUCGUGAGCAAAACAUUCAUGCUCCUGAAGAAAACAUUUGCGCCACAAGCUACUAUUAUGUCCCAAGAGUGACCGACAUCAAUUUUCUUCCAACAAUAUCACUGCACCAUUAAGACAAAAAAUUAUAAGAAUUAAUAAAAUUAUCACCAAAAAGAAAGUGCCUUGAUUUUUUAUCAACUACUCUCAACUUAUUCCUUAAGGAAAUGUUUGGACGUCGGUUGGCAGAAUUUGUAUGUGGAUAUUGGGUCUCAAAGGGUACUAACAGUACUCAUAGUCUAUUUUCUCCCUCUUUUUAUAAUUUCAAAAUGUUCUUUUAAGCUGCUUUCCAUAGGGAUAGAUUUCUUAAAAAUCAUAUUAAUUUUCUCUGUCCUCACCUCUUUCUAGGCGAGAGAAGAUUCUAGCGAUGUAAAAAUCAGUGUUGGAUCACAACUAGAUCUUGGUUCUGACUCUGCCAUCGAAGUACGCUCGACCGAGCAACUUAGACGCGACAGACAAGAAUUAAAAGCUGAAUAUAAAGACGCUCGAAAAACUGAAUCAAAAUUACAAAGUGAAAUUUCACGGUUGGAAGAGAGAAUUACUCAGGAUGAUAAUAACGCAAGUUUAAAGCCAGGCCUCUUGCAUGAAAAAGAGACUUUACUUGAGGAACUUCGACGAUUCCAAUCAUUUGUUAGAUCCGAAGGAGAAAAGGUUUGUUUUAACUUUUUUUCUAUAAAAUCUUAAAAUAUCAGUUAGGAAUGCUUCAUUAAGGAUUGGCAUGUUGUUGUCUUCGUAGUGAUAUUAGGUAAAAAGGCAGCUUAUGUUAAAAAAUAACCUCAACGUUUUUAGUUGUCUAAGCUUACACAGUGAUUUUCAAACUUACCUCUACCCGCGUGCUGUUUGCCUGUUGCCAAUUUUCUUCCUGUGAAAACCUAAGACAACGUCAGCACCCCAAAAGUGUCUUGGUUUAAAGCAGGUUUUGUGAAAGAUGCAGAACUGCUACAACUUUUAAAAACCUUUUAGUGUUAAGCGUAAGUCUUGACUCUGUUUUUACCAACUUUCUGUUGGUGUUCAAAUAUAUCUUUGUGGCCACACUUUUUUCCCGCGCUUUGCGUUAGCAUCGUGCUAUAACUACGAAAUCUGAUUGGUUCAUUUGAGACUUCUGAGUGUCUGUGAUUGGCCAGAUUUUGAUUGUGGUGCGAGAAAAGGUUGGAUGACUUGCCACACCAACAACUCAGUCAAGAAAGUUUGAGAGUUCCACGAAACAGCUUGAAAUAUCGAAGUCCAACUUUCCUUUAUCAAUCUUGAACUCAUGAUCCAAAUGGUCAUAUGUCUAGCGCUUUUUUUUGUUAAUAAUCACCUUCCUUCUGUGUGAUGUGUCUUGCAGCAAAAACUUGAAGAAGAAAAAGAUAAACUGUCAGCGGAUCUUGACUCAGCUCGACUACUUUCUGAGCGGGUUUUAGCCGAUAGGAAUCAACUGGAGACCGAGAAAUCCAUGUUGGUUCUGAAACUUGCAGAGCAAACCAAACUUACCAACUUGCUCAACAUGCAACUUAAAAGGUAAGCUUACGUUAUAUAUCUUAUUAUAAUUAUUGUUAUUAUUAUAAUUAUUAUUAUUAUUUUAUGUUUACGGAUGUCAAGCGUUUCAUUGAUGGCUGUUUAAUUUAUGAUUUGUUUAUUUUACUCUCUUCAGUCUUUCCGGAAGCACGCCCUCUGUGUCCUCCUGUUCAAGUCGAUCCCUCUCGUUAUCCGGAAGUCGGGGCUCUCUAUCAGCAUCAAGCCGAGGCUCACUGAAUUCGCUUAACUACCCUGAUAUGAGUCACAGUGGUGGAAGUGAGAUGCUCAAUCUACGAGAACUCCACCAGCGCGUGACAGAUAUGCUUCAAACAAUGCCGCGUGACGCGACUGCGGCGUUUCCACCUAUGUAUGGAGUACGGACAUUUGGUGUUCCAACGAGCUAUACUCCCACUUCCGGUAGAGCGACGCAUCCAAGUGCGAGUAACUCGUCACAAGUGUCGCUGUCGUCACGUGACUCUAUGUCGUUGUCUUCGCAUUCACCCCCUAUCUCUCCUAGUACUAGCGAUCGCUCACCGACGCAGUCUCCGGCAACUGCUCGGGUUGUGGCCACCGAAGGGGAAAUUACUGCUGUUUUAGACGGUACGGAGUUAGAGAGGAGCUCUUUAACGCAGGUUAGUUUUAUCCUACCUUCGCCUUUUUGCAGAAAAAAGGUCGCUGUAACGUGUUUUGUGACCUCUUUGUGCAUAGGUCCCGUUUCCUUUCGAAGCAAGGAAAAUGGAGACGUCUGCGUUCAGACUGCCAGCCGUCGGAAAGUGUCCGGUCUCUGUGUUCCUCCUUCCUAAAACUUCAGUCUAUCCCCAACCGCUCUUUGACACUCUACUUUUUCGUUCUUGCACUCCUUCUUUCCUCACUCCUUUCUCAUUCUUUGUUGUUUUUAUUUCAGGCUGAAGGGAUACCAGUUCAACAGCGAAUUCGUCUCCUAACCACCGAGUCCAAAUCAAGCGAAUCUAUCAACGCCAUUCCCUUUAUCCCCUUGUCUCCUAUCACGGAGGGAAUUCCAGCACUUCCGCUGGGACGUUGCGAAGUGUCUUUACCCCCCACGGGGUCUCGACCCGUUACCGCUGCGCCGUCGGAUGAAUCGGUAGCAGCCGACAGCGGGGUGUUCGACGCGUCUCAAGAAAACCUCAAGGCCUCCCAGAGCAACGGUGACUUGAGAUCAAGAAGAGACUUUGAUGAAGAUUCAACGGAAACGUCACAGGUUAAAAUCGGACUUACGUACGAUGUCGAUCGCGAGGCCUUGGUCGUUUGUAUUGACGAAGCAAAGGGCUUAAAAGCUCUUGGAAGCACGACGCAAUGUAAGACGAUGUUCGUCAAAGCUGCGCUAUUGCCGUGUGCGCCGAGUGAACGCUGUAUCUUGGAAACAAAGCCAUGUAAUUAUCAGGAAAACCCAGUGUUUGGAGAGCAGUUUCACAUCCCGCUUGCCAAAGUAAGAAAACCACACCGGCACUUCAUUUUACACAAAGUCGUCACUCACUCAGGCAUGGGGCGAUUGGGAAAUUUGAGCGUGGGGGAGGGGGGGGGUACUAAUUCGAGAAGUUACCUUCGUGCUGAGAUUAAUGUAACCGGUUCCCCCUCGAAGAAUGCUUAAGAAUAGGAGAAUGUUUCUGGAAAACGCGCGGACAACUCAACUCGUCAAUGUAUAGUCUGCGAAGAGGCUCACUUGCGCGAACUCGGGGAAAAUUAUUUUGGCGGCGUAGCUGCCAUUAAGCAAGGAGAAUGGUUACUUUUCCUCGCUGGAUAAGGGCUCCGCCGCCAAAAACUUUUCACCGAACUCGCAUUAGUGAACCUGCUCGUAGGCUAAUCAAUGUGCUGUCGAAUAGUCUUCGACUGAAACCAGGGUCUAAUAAGAUGACAGUGAUAGUGUCUUGUGAUCUGAUUGGGUAGGCUAAACAGUAAACAUGCAAGUCAUAAAUAUCAUAGACCCAAACUACAGCUUGAAAGACAUUGUUUAUACAGUCAACUCUCUCUUAACGGACACCCAGAGUUGAUCCCUGGCUUUCUUUACUCCCUUUCCUUAACUCUCUAUAAGACGGACAUCUCUCUAAGACGGACACGCACUGCCGGUCCAUGGGGGUCAUUCUUAGAGGGAGUUGACUGUAGUUUUGAAUUAAAAUUUUAGAUUGGUUUACUUACACUUACUUACACAUUGUCUUAUAUUUCUCUUGGGACCACUGUUUUACCCAGGAGAAAUCAGAAACAAAGGUUGUACAAAGUGUUGAGGGACAAACAAGAUGUAUUAUGGGAGAUGUGCAAAUGGCGAAUAAUUAUUUCGGUUUAAGUAUGUCCCAGGAUCCGGAUUCCGCGCUAAGUGAAUUUAGGUGUUAACGUAACCUUUGGCUGUAAAGGAGAGGAAUUUUUGAGAGGAGAAAUUAUAUUUAUCAUUGUCAUUUUUAUCUCUUGCAGAGUAAACUGACAAGUAAGACCCUUCAAGUGAACAUCCUUACUGUCAAUACCUUGGAGACGGAAGAGCUUUUGGUAAGUCGACAUCUUCCUUCAUCAUAAUUUGAUCGUUGUAAAUGAGAUAUGUCAGCAUUUUAAUGAUUGCUUGAUUUCUUUAUUAUAUUUUAAGGGCGGGGCACAAAUCAGCCUAGCGGAUUUUAACGUUCAAACUCCGGUGCGAUUUCGAUGGUAUAACCUCCUAAGUUGCGCGGUAAGUAAAAUACAACAACAAGUUUAUUAAUUUCAAACUCUUUGGUAGAAUAAUAAAUUCAUGCACAACCCGCAGGUUGCAAAGGCUAUUCGAGGCGGGUUGUGUAAAAAAAAUAAAGUAGUUUCAUAAAAUAAAAUGUAAAGGAAAAAAAUAGUUGUUCUCGACCUCUUUUGUAUACGCUGCGUUUAUUUCUAUUUCGAUAUCAUAGUUAUGUGAGUCUCGAAAGAAAAUCGUAAUUGCCCCCGCAGGGAUUUCGCCCAGAACCUAUUCCAUGGAAUAUGUGUGAAAAACUUCAUUAUGAAUCGGCAUGUUUCAAAGAGCUACACAACGAGUAAGAAUACUAUUGACCGACAAUAUACAGAGCAGGGACAGCUGUAGUGUCAACUAUUACUAGUUAAUGUAAAAGAAAAACGCAAGUGAUGAUCACAGAAACUGAGAACCAACAAGUAUUUCUCCACUUUACUUGCAGUUUUUCCAGUCAGCGGCUGCCAAGUACCCGCGAAAGAGCAAUUCCCUGUCUUUGGAUAGUGUAAACGAGUCAAAACGAGGCAAUCUGCGACCCAGCUCAUGGGUGAGUUUCUGUGAAAAAGAAAAAUGAAAAAUGAAAAUUUCGUUUGUGACACCGAAUAAUCCAGAAACGUUAUUCGUGACAUAAACCUCUAGUGUCACCCACCCCAAAAGAAACUUUGUAAACCGUUUUAUUGAAUUGCCACGCCCCUAACAAGCCCAGAAAAUCUGCUCACUGCGGUCCUCUGUUUUACUAACGCUUACAAAGUACAAAUAAGGCAAGGUAAAGUCUGAGUAAGUUUUCUAGUUUUGAAUUUGUACUUGUUGUCACCAAAUCAGGAUAUAGGCUCUCGACCAAAUUAAAAUGUCUAUCGGCCUGUCAGCUGUCCUUAUUAUGAUCAAGCGUGUUUUUGUAAUACAGUGGACUUUCUCUAAGAUAGACACCUCUGGGACCGGCCGCCACUAUGUGCCUGUCUUAAAGAGAUGGUCAACGUAAAGGAGCGAAGAAAGGCAGAGACCAACUCUAAGUGUCUGUUUUAGCGAGAGUUGACUGUAUGUCUUCCUGACUAGCUUUUAUUUUAUUCCUAUUUUAACAGUGCGAGGGUUCUAUGUUCAGUCUCGAGUCAGCGGUUGGGUUUGAGCGGGUGCCAUUUACAUCAGUGAGUCAAGAGGUACUGAACCAGCCAGGGGAAAGCCAACCUAUACGCAAACGUACCGCUGGAAGGCCGGUAGAGAGGGCUCAGUCUCAGGGCGACAGUGUGAUCAGCGGUGGUUCUCUGCAGGACAGAGACAGUGACUUCGAACGAUCGCCUGUAGCUCGUUCCAGACCCCUGCUGGGAAGGUCAAAGUACUCUCGCAAGUUUUCUGAUCCGCAACCCCUAGGAUUGUUCCCAGUACAUGUAAGUGCUUGGAAGAUCUUCGUAGUCAAAUUUAAGAGAUUCUAAACGCUGAAUCAGAAAGUCGAAGAGUCAAUAGAUCUUUCCAAGUAGCGAUGGUAAAGUCGCAAAAUUGUACAGGUGUUUGUAUGGUGGGGGCAAGUUCAUGCCCCCCACCUUACGAGGGUCAGUAAAAUUUCGAGACUUUUUGGAGCAAUAUCUUUGCUCGCUAUAGGCGAUUUACUUUUAAACUUGGUAAGGUUACUAAUUCAAAGCGCUCUUAGACUACGAGCAGUCUCUCUUUUUGCUUGGUCCGUCGAGAAAAUCGCCCAAAACACGCGUGCGUGACUGAAGGCGCGAGACGGGAGAGGCACGACAAAAGAGAAUCUCUCUUUUUUCUUCUCGGGCUGCCUCCCUCGUUUCUCGCGUCGCGCGCGUGUACUCCCCUUACUAAAUCUGAAGGAAAAGAGAGGCUGCUCGCAGUCUAAAGCGCUCUCGGAAUAUUCGCUUUCUGGUCUUAAUCAAAACUUGAAAAGAAAAAAAACAAUGGGAAAGUCUGUUAGUGUAGAAAAUGAUAAACGAGAUAGUUGUUUGGUCGAUCCGGCGCACUUUCUACUUAGCCUUGGCAAUAUGGGUCAGAAACAAAUGAAUUAAUAAGACUCUGGCGUUAUUUUCAAAGGGUGAAGAUGACGAGGUUCCGAUGAUGCAGCUGGGCAACGCGCUCUAUGACAUCAAUCUGAAUCGCAGUAACUCGGACUGUACCACACGGAAAACCGACGUCAGUCCAUUCGUACGCAUGUCAGUGGAACGAACGAGUAUGAGACGAAAAAAGGUGAGUGGAGAUUCCGAGAACUUUAGUAAUGUCUUUUAUCUCACCGAUUGGUCAAAAGAAAAAAGGAACGAGAGAGAGAGAAAGAGAGAAAGAAAAACAGCUAAACAACAAACAGAACCGAACAAAAGUUUUGAAGGAAAACAGUACUCGAGUGCUUUCUCGUAAAACGUUAUACGUUUAAAGUACAGUCGACUCUCCAAAGGACACCUCUAUAACAAGGACACCUCGGUGAAACGGACAGUCCCUACAUUCCUUUUCUCCCUUUAUUUGACUCUCUAUAAGACGGACACUGAGAGCCGGUCCCAAUGGCGUCCGUUGUAACACGAGUUGACUGUAAAUCCUAAAAAGUCCUUUAUUACGUUUAAACAGUAUCGUGCCGCUUUUUUCCCAGGCAUCGGACGACUUUCCAACCCUCCUCAAAGUAUUGUUUACACUUCCGGUUUCAUCUUAUGACUAGACUUCCGGUAACUCAAGUGGACCGGACUGUACUUCCGGUUUCAUUUUUCGACCAGACUUCAUUGGACUCAGGGUUUUGUCCACUGGAAUGUAGUCGAGGGUAUUGGACAUAAGUGACAGCUUAAUGGUUUUUCUUUUCAUCGGCCAAAACCUACUUGAAAACCUUAAGGUUUCGUUGGCACAAUGGUUCACAGAGAAUCCAGAUGUAAUGUUCUGUUUGUUCAUUUGCAGCGCCCAAUGUCGUGGCAAGGGAUUCAGCAAUACCAACAGCUUAUACCCCAUUUUGAAGAAGGAAGCGGCCGAACAGCUAUGGACUUGGAAUUACACUUAGAGGCCUCCAGAGCCAAGCAGGUCUGUGAACUCACUUAAACAAUUUGAACUCCUAAAAAGGAUUUUUUACUCCUCUUUAAGUCGCAAACUCAUUAUAACCCUAAGUAAAUGUUUGUAGGUCCACGCCUAGCGGGUACCAAUCAAUUAAAUGUAAUAAGGGUAAAUUGGCCAGUCUGGGAGAGAAGGGGCUGCUGGAUCAAUUCGGGGCUUUCUUCCCUCCCCACCGUCUGUUUUCCCAGGGAAUUCCGGCUUUUGAGCCCGGACACAAGACCUUUCAGUCAUAACAGAGUUACACAAGUAUUAUUUCAUUGGGUGCAAAGGUGAAACCGCACACCAAAGGUAACCAAAGGUGACCAUAUUUCCCCUUUUAUGAUUUAGCUUCAGGUCAACGAUGAAAUUAAACGGUUAUCCCAGCUAAAGAAGCGAAUCGAGGAAGCCAUCGACGGAGGUUUCACUGAAAUUCCCAAGUGGAUUGAAGAGAGUGAAGAGUUUCAAACACUUCUGAGAGAUGUGGAAGUAAGUUAUAAAACCUUAUUUUUUAUAAUUUUUUGGCUACGGGACUGCCUUGGUCUUAUUCUGGUGGUUAAAGAACAAGUUUCCAAAAGCGAAAUAACAAUUAUUGGCGAACAGAAGCUUGCACAAUUCUCCCUUCCCUUGCCAAUGCGUCACUAUAGAAACCGGAAGAGAACCGGAGACGAAAUGUGUCCCGCAAUUGUUUCUGGGAUCGUUACUGCGAGCGUGCCGGUCACCUAUUGGCUAAUUUUUCCCUUGUUUCUUGUAACAGUCUCAGAAGUCUUUGCGAAAAUGAACUCGUCCCAGUUACCCUCUCGUUUCUAAAGUGACGAAUCCUGAAGGAGAGAACUGAACUUGAAAAUCAAAGUGAUGUCUUGUUCUGGCUAAAAAGCCGUCCGCCCCAGCCGCCCGCCCCCCUCCCAUUGGUAAUUGAAGUAUCAUAGAAGAGAGAAAGUGUUAAGCCUUCGUCAAAUUUAAAGCAUAGUUGUCUCUAUGUUUAUGUUAGUCUUUGUUGUUUUCAGGGAUUUAGAAGUCUAAACUUUCACAGUCAUCGCGGUAGAAGUCCUUACUCGAGAAGAAGCCACAAGGCAUUGAGGUGA